UACGUCCGGGUUUUGGUAGGGCACCAGGCAGGUAAAUUUUGGACAACAAUCGCCACAAAAAAAAACAAAUCCGGGGUUGAUUUAACCACCUGGGUGCAAAAAUGAAGUUAGCUCCCUUAUUAGAAAAAGCCAAAGAUGUGGACUUUAUCGUUAAAACUGCGAUUGAAAGAGAUCCGAAGAAGCGUCGGGUGAAACCAAUAGAGCAACCAUGCGUCAUAGAUUUUGAUGAGGAAAGUAGCGACGAUUCGGAUUUUCGAAUUGAAGACCAUCCAGAUGUUAGCGAUGACGAUAUUGACUCUUUAGACAGCGGUGGCGGCGACAAUGACAAUGACAGCAGUAACAAUAGCGAAGCUGAAUCAGAUGAUUCUGAGUUGGAUAAACUCGACGAGUUGCGGAAUCUGAACCCUAUAAGUACUAAUGGCCUGUCUUCAGUUGGAAGUGUACUUGAACAAGCCAAGCGUCAGUCAAAACUGAAUUAUAAUGAAAAAGAUGCAGAUCUCUUGAUCUGCUGUGGUUGUUUAGGGGACCACAGCGACGGCAUUAACGAAAUAGUUGAGUGCGACAGUUGUGGUGUGACUGUUCAUGAAGCUUGCUAUGGAAUAUCUGAUUCCAGUAGUUUAGCAAGUACUAACUCUCUAUCACCAACAGCACCAUGGUUCUGUGAAGCCUGUAAAGCAGGUGUGAAGGAACCUGUAUGUGAACUUUGUCCAAACUCUGGUGGAAUUUUCAAAGAAACUGACGUAGGAAAAUGGGUUCAUUUGAUUUGCGCUUUAUAUGUUCCAGGUGUGGCGUUUGGGGAAGUAGACAAGCUAACAAGUGUAACCCUGUUUGAAAUGCAAUAUAGCAAAUGGGGUGCCAAGACUUGCAGUCUUUGUCCAGACGGCCGAUUUGCUAGAACUGGAGUCUGUAUUGGAUGUGAUGCUGGAAUGUGUAGAACUUAUUUCCACGUUACUUGUGCUCAAAGAGAGGGCUUUUUGUCAGAAGCUCACUGUGAAGAGGCAGACCAAGCAGAUCCUUUCUAUGCGCAUUGCAAGUUACAUUCUGAUAAAACUUUAGUAAAAAGAAGAAAAAGAAAUUAUUUAGCACUGCAGCUAAGAAAUGAAUAUCGUAGGAUAAAAUUUCAAAAAGAGGGCCAUAUGGAGACCCCUGAACAAGUCAGAAUACAGAGGAAGCUCGCAAAGCAAAGAGUACAUUAUUUGGAGUAUAAAAAGAAGAAAAAUGCACCCUGGGUCCCAACUCAGAAAAUGCCAAGGCUAAUAACAACCAGUGCUUCAGCUUGUCGGAAAUUAUUACGUAAAGCAGAACAAAUGGGGAUUGAUACCUCAGAGUUGGAGAUGCAUGAUGCCCAGAUAGCAACAUUGGCUGAUAUAAGGAAAAAAUGGCACAUUCCUCCAGCUUUUACUGUAGAAUUUAUUGCCUAUUAUCUAGAUCGAAAUGAAAGACUCAGGGGCAUGAAAGCUACUCUUGAACAGUUUAUGGAAGAAAACAAGGUGCUUUUAGAUGAGCAGCAAAAACUAAGAACACAAUAUGAUGAAGUUCUUAAAAGGAGCAAUGAAGUGACAUCAAAAAAUGCAGAUUUGAAAGCCAGUAUACAAAAAUAUCAUUCAGCAAUAUUAAGCGCGUGUCCAACGAAAAAUCUGCCGAAUAUCGAUGAUAUUGGCAAGCCUCCUGCCCCCAAGCCGAUCCAGCAAACCAUGGCAGUACCUACGGCAGCAGCACUGAAAAUGGGUGUUGGGUUUCCACUAAAAAAUAUACCUUUAAGGGAGAGAGAGGAUCGAGUUCUUAGUAGUCAAGCGAAACCGACAGAACCUUUACAGCUGAAUGAAUGUGGUAUCUGUCGUCAAAGAAGAGACCAGCAUCUAUUAGCUAAAUGUGACACCUGCCACCUAUAUUAUCACACUGAUUGCCUAAAUCCUCCGUUAGCUCGUUUGCCUAAAAAAUCGAAACUUUACGGAUGGCAGUGCUCUGAAUGUGACAAAAGCUCUGAUUCAGAAGUAGAACAUGUUAAGGCACCUCGUAGAAGUCGUAGCAUAUACAGCAGAGAUCGUUCGGAAAACGAAAUCGGAAAUGUUCCCGCUAUCACCCCAAAGCUAAUAAUUAAACCAGUGGAUGAUCCUGAAGUGGCAACCAUAUGUAAGGCAGCGGAGACAAGUCAGAAGGAGGGCAAAAAGGAAAGACGACAUUCACACAAUGACAAAUCCAAAACGGGAAAUGGUCAUCAAGCGAAGAAAGCGCGAAAACAUUCUUCUGCUAGUGACACAAAUAUGGUAAAUGAGCAUGCAGACCAAAGUACGGCAGAUCUUUUAGCAGAUCUCGGCAGCAAUGAAGAUAUCGAAGUUAUAAUGGAAAACAACGUGCCUGUAGAUGGACAUGAGGGACACAAAUCUAAAAAAAGGCGUAGGGAUAAACAUAGAAAUAGAUAUAGUCCAGAACUUGGAAUGUCGAGCAAAGAGCACAAACGCAAACGUAAGAAGAAGAGCGUAGAGAUCGAAGAAAACUCAUCAAACAUUCCUCAUCCCAGAAUAACCAUAAAGAUAAAAUCCAUUCCUCUACCAGCUGGAGAAGUAGCCUCUGAAUCUAAUCCGCAGUGUUUUUAUGUGCCCAACGAAGCAGACGAUAAUGCCCCGGCUCUGUCGGUAGUUUUAAAGUCCGAUAAACAGCUAGAAAGUCGAAGAGUUUCAUCUGAUGGGACCAUUUCAAAGAAAAAUCGUGUUGUUAGGACUUCUGUGUCCGAGACUAGUGCUCCUAAAGAUCCCUUGGCCUUAGAUGAUCCCCUUGAGAUCCCAGUAAUGCCAUCUAGGUCGGGCAGGGGUAGCGCCUUCACUAGGUCUUCAGCACCAAAGCCUAGUGCUGUACCUGUGGAAAGUUUGUAUUGUGACGUUUGUCAGCAAGAGGGCAGCAAUACUACAGCUGUUAGAUGCGACGAAUGCUUAAAGCUUUAUCACUUCUCGUGUUUGGAUCCACCCCUAAAAUCUUCUCCAAAGAAAAGGGGAUAUUCUUGGCAUUGUGCCGAUUGUGACCCUACAGGGUCAGAGUAAAUAUGAUACCAAGGUCUGUAUUAAGGUACAUGAGUUUUAUUUAAAAUGUUACGGCGUGCAUAAGGUUUAAUUUUGGUUACAUUGAUGUAAUGAAAUGGAUUAGUUGCUAAUAAAAUUAGGUUAGACCCACAAA